UCUCUCUCUCUCUCUAUGUCUUUCUCUUCUCUUAUUUUGGGAAAGCAGACAGACCGCGAGCUCCCCGCCAUGGCGGCUGCGCUCACCGUGCUCCUCUGCUGCCUCUACGCCAUCGCUGCUGCAGAAGCCGACUCCAAAAAAGUGCAGCUGCAGAAGCCCCCACACCUCACCGGCUGUGUCUCCACCAACAUGGAGACGUUCCGCUGCUCCUGGAAGGUCGGCACUUUCCACAACCUCUCGGAUGCCGGAGAUCUGCGCCUUUUCUAUCUCAACCAAAAUUCGCUCAGUGCUGCGCCUGCAGAGUGGAGAGAAUGUCCCGAGUACAGCAGGGAGACGCCACACCAAUGCUUUUUCAAUGAGGAGCACACCACCGUCUGGACUCAGUACGCCGUCCAGCUGCGCUCUGGGGAUGGGGCUGUCGUCUACGAUGAGGUUUUCUUUAACGUUCAAGACAUUGUGGAACCGGACCCUCCUGUUGGCCUGAACUGGACCCUGCUGAACGUGAGCUUGACCGGCACUCACUUUGAUAUAAUGGUGACCUGGAGGCCUCCAGAUUCCGCAGACGUGAAGAUGGGGUGGAUGACCCUCAGCUACGAGGUCCAGCACCGCAGCCUCAGCUCUGACCACUGGGAGGUGACAGACCUUGUGUCGAGCACACAUCGUACCCUGUACGGCCUUCAAACCAAUGUCAACCACGAGGUUCGGGUCCGAUGUAAGAUGCACGGCAUGACCAGAUUUGGGGGAUUCAGUGACUCUGCAUUCGUGCACAUCCUGUCUAAAGUGUCGAGAUUCCCAGUGAUGGCUUUGCUGAUCACAGGAGCCUUGUGUUUGGUGGCCAUCCUGAUGUUAGUCAUCAUAUCUCAGCAGGAGAAGUUGAUGGUGGUUCUCCUGCCUCCUGUUCCUGAACCUAAAAUAAAAGGGGUUGAUUCUCGACUAUUGAAGAAAGGGAAGCUUCAGGAGUUCUCGUCAGUCUUGGGUGGCCACCCUAAUUUGAGGCCAGAGCUGUACAGCGACCCCUGGGUGGAGUUUAUUGACCUGGACAUGGAACGGCAGAACGACAGACUGACCUGCCUGGACACAGACUGCCUCGUGGACUCCUCCAGCUCCUCCAACUGUUCUCCACUCGCUGCUUCCUUCAGGGACCACGACUCUGGACGCUCCAGCUGCUGUGAGCAGGAUCUUCUUUGUGAUCCAAAUCCAUCACCUGUCCACCCCCCCAUCUCAGACCAAAUCACCCCAAAUGCACCAGCGUGCCAGCCAGACUCCGGUGCGGGAGUUGGGGUUCAAAGUCCGGGCAGAGAUGCGACGUACACACAGGUCUGCGAGGUCCGGUCCGGUAACGUGAUGCUCUCACCUGAGGAGCACCUGGAUGGAGGCAGCAUAGUGGAGCUAGUGGAGGAGGAAGCAGGGAGGAAGGAGGCUGUGAAUGCAGAUCAUAAAAGCUACGGCGAAGAGCACAGCGGUCCUAAGUCUCCACCAAGCGCUACUCCCGCAUACACCAUGGUGGAUGGCGUCGACACCCACAACAGCCUCCUCCUGACAACCAGCUCGACACCAUCUGUCCAUCUGACACCCCUAAAGCAGCUGCCGACCCCGGGCAGCUACCUGAUUCCUGACCUUUUGAGCAGCAUCACCCCAUGAGCGAGCAGAGGCUCCUGGAGGCUGACUGAGCUUUACAGGCUGAAGGUCAGGUCACCAAAAGCAUUUGAAGGAGUCCCGUCGUCCCCGCGGCCCCUCGAGUUUACAGAGCAAUCUGCUGGAGAGUCUGUGUGUGAUUCUCGUUGGAGGGUUUGAUCUGUGCAAAACCAAAAACAGAGCAGGUGGAGCCACAUGGAACAGGAACCAUCGGGAGCUGAAGCUCCUCUGUUGGUUCCACACUCGCUGAUGUGGAUUCAUGAGGAUGAACUUUAGAGGCACAAACGUGUUUUUUUCACUUUGUUUUUGGUGCUUCUGGCUGAAAGUAAAAAGUUGGUGUUUGAAGUGUUGUUUGCUGCUAUGACUUAAGUACAGUGUUCCCUCACUGUAUCGUGGGUCACCUUUUGGCGUUCUUUUUCUUGUAAAUCAGUCUGCUUUCAGUCACAUUUGCAUAAAUCUUGGAUUGGAAUCAGAUUUUUUUUUUUAUUCUAUGAAACUGGACUGAUUUUUCUAUGAAGGUUUGAUUUUUGAGAGCUGAAACAAACUGAAAAUGUUCAUGUCUGUCUGAUCAAAGUGAAUAAAGUGUGCAGUGAGGAGUCUUACUGCUCUAAAACAUCUGGAAUGUCUUAGAAUGAACCCAGCGAUAAGUCAUGGAACACUGUCUUUAAUGGAAAGCAUGCAUUUGUGUAGCUUUGAGCUCCUGGGUUGACCGUCCGCUGUGUAAAAUACCAAUUUUGUGCUGACUCUACAAAAGUACAUACAAGCAUUUUUAUAAGUAAAAAAUUUGCAACUUUAAUUUUAAAUAUUUGUUUACAGGAUCAAAUAUUGAUUCACAGAAUCCAUUCAUGGAUUUUUUUUUUUUUCCUUUGGCGCCAUUUCCUGUAUUUGUUGUUUACUCGAUCAUUCAAAGCAUUCAUGAUUUCAACAUCGCAAGAUCCACCUCUGUUCACUUUGACUAAAAUAACCACCCAAACCUGCUUUUAGAAAUGUAAAAAACAAGACGCCCUUAAAAAUCUAAUCACAAACUAGAACUGGACUUUUUGGAGCUAAAUUGACUUAAUUCAGUUCAGUUUUUCUUCGAUUUAUUGAUUUAACAAAAACAGUCUGAUAGUUUAAGCUUAUUUGAUGCUGCGACUCAACUGUCCAUACUGUAAUGGACAAAAACCAAACAUCUGAAGCUUUUUUUAACAUUAUUUUUUAAAGCUUUCCUUAAAUAAAAGUGUAAAUUGACAAUAACAAAAACUCUAAACAACCCAGAACCUUUUUCUUCUUUAGUGUCUCUUUACUGAUAAAUCAAUAAAUAAGCCUGACUCUCAGCUGUUGAGACUUUUGAGGAAAAUGUUUACACUUCCAAGUGCGAUAUUAUUAUGUGUUUUACCCAUAAUUUGGUCUUUUAACAAAAUGUAGAAUACAUUUUACAGUAAAAAGUUUUUCAAACAAAAAUAAAUCCGACUAUAGUCACUGCAUUGAUUCAGAAAUGUACACAUAAAUGUUAGGGGGAGUUUAAUAAGUCUCUAACUCUGCUUUAUGUACAAAGUACAUAUUUGUAUGAAAGUUUUGUUACUUUUUUAAAUCACAAAAUAAAAAAUCUGUGAAACUGUUUCAUAAA